AUGAUUACUGAUGUACAACUUGCAAUAUUCUCAAACAUCCUGGGAGUGACAUUGUUCUUCCUGGUGUUUCUUUUCCAUUACAUCAAUGCCAAUUAUUCAAAAUAAUGGAAGACAAGAUUCAU